GGAGUUCGCCCGGAUCCCUCGCCGCGUCCUCGCAGGGGCGGAGGGAGGCGGCCGGCAGCCGCGGCGAGGAUGACAAUGCUUUGUUUUCUGAGCAGAACACUGCAACUAGCAAGACAUUCAUCCAGUCCACUGGGGAGACAACUCUGUUCAGCCAGUGCAAAUAAGCCAGUGUUGACUUUAUUCACCAAGAAACCAUGCCCUCUGUGUGAUGAAGCAAAAGAAGUGCUUGAGCCAUAUAAGAGAAGGUUUAUUUUGCAGGAGGUGGAUAUUACCCUUCCAGAGAACUCAGCAUGGUAUGAUAAAUACAAAUAUGACAUACCUGUUUUUCAUUUAAAUGGGAAGUUCCUAAUGAAGCAUCAAGUAGACAUUCAAAAGUUUGAAGACCAGCUUAUGAAGCUGGAGUUGCAAAAUGAUGGAAACCAGUGAAGAAAAUGCAGCUGCUCUUGCAUGGAUUUGAAAGGACUGUGCAACAUAAAUUGUGUGAAAAAGCAGUAUUCAUUAUCUAGCCUUAUGUUUCUUAGAAUGUAUGGUACCAGUGUCCUAAAAAACUUGAGUGACUUGUGUUCUAUUUUGUAUUAAUCAUCCAGCCCAGCUGCACCAGUAGCAACCUUUUCUGUACCAUUCAUUUGCUGCUAUCCUAGACUGGCUUUGAAUUGACAGAAUAAAUGCUGCUCCGUAACAGCAGAUAAAGUGAAAUGUCUUUCAAGAUUGUUAGUACGUGUAAGCUGUAGGUUUCUAAGAGACUUCCUUGAAGAAGUCUAGGAGUCUAUCCUAAGUGCUCAUUUAAAAUGGAGGAGAGGGCAUUUACUGUAUAUGAAAAGGACACUUGAUUAAAGACAGCACACCCUCA